AUGAACAGAUAAUUAUACGCUAAUAAUAUGAAUACAAAUAAUUAAUACUCCAGCAGCGCUACAACAAACAACUAAAACUAGUUUCCCUCAUCGAAUAAUUCUCUUUCGAAUUAAAGUGCUCAUUAGGGUAUGAAGGAGCUAAGCUAAUAAAAUAAUGUGAUUCUUUAUGGAAUUCAUAAAAAGUUGGUGAAUGAUACCAAAUAAAUGCACUAAGAUUAAUGUCAGCAUUAAUAUUAAAAUACAUAACAAUCAUUUUAACGUCACACCCAAAAUGAUAUACCGUAAUUGGGGAAUUUUCAUCCAACUUUCUAAAACUCCUAUUCUAGUGACCAAACAAACCCCUUUAUUGGAGGGUCUCUUAAUAAUAUCCAUGAUAAUGUCUAAGAUGAUCAUAUCGGAUCAUAUUGUGAUAGGAACACCAGCACUUAAAAUUUAUAGUAUAUAAACAGAUUGUAUAACUUUGAUCGAGCAGAAUAACAGACACCAUAAUAUACCUUAUUUAGUGACUCUGAAAAUUAAUAUUUUUUGGAAACUCCACUCUACUCUUAUUAAAGGUUAAAUACUUAAACCGAUCAGAGUUAUGAUGUCCCUGAUGGUCAUUUUAAACAUUAAGGAUUCAACAUUAAUUAUGAAUAGAACAAACAAAUUUAAAAUUUUUACUCUUCAUAAACACAGCAAAACAGCGCAUAUCCUGACUAAGUUCAAGAAAAAAGUGAGCAACAAUACUCUGAAACUACAGAUUAUUUUUCAAGAGAUAAUAUUUUUGAAAAUUCUUGUAUGUGUGACUAAUCAAAUUUAAAUUAGAUUAGAAAAGGGGAAUAUAAAUAGUUAACUCAUCCUUAUAAUAUUAGCGAACCUACUUUUUAAAGCAGUAAUUAUAAUCAUAACAGAGAAGAGUCUAACUUUUUGGCUUCAAAUGAAAACAAUGACAUAUUUUAAAAUAAAAUUGAAGAUUUGCAAUUAGAAAAUUAAAGUUAUUUUAACAAUACUAACUAUAUAAAAGAUAAAUAUGAUUUUCACGAAAACAGAGCAUCUAACUCUCCAUUUUAGAAUGGGAAUUACAACGAUGAAUCAUGUUCUAAGAGUGAAUAAUCAGAUGAAUAAUUUUUAAUGAAUCAUGUUUUUGCUGAAAAUUCUUAAUCAAAUAUAAUGGAUGAAAAUGCCUGUUAAAAAUAAAUGCAAAUAAAUCAAAAAGAUAAUCACUAAUUUUAAAUAAAACAAGAAAUAAUGGGUAAAAAUGGUACUUAAGAGUAUUAAAAACCAUUAAAAUUUGCUAAAUAAGAUGUAUAAUAAAUGGAAAAUUAUGGAGAUUUAGCAAAAAAAUGGGACGCCUAAAUAAACUCUAGCUAAAUUAAAUUUACAGAAGAAGACUAACGUUUAAAAAAAUAAAUAAACAGUGAUACAAAAUAAUCUUUUUUAACUUAAUAAACCAAUCAAAUUUAUUAAAGCGCAAAAGAAGAAUAAAUCUAAAAAUCAGAAACCGCUUUGAAUUAAGAAAAUUAAAAAUCGUCAUUAUUAAUUAAGGAAAGUGAUUGUUGCUAAAAAUAGUAAGAAGAAAACUUUGAUAUUAUUCAUUUGGACAAAAAGAAUAUUGUUAGGAAUUUAAUUCGAGCUUUUAUCAGGUUUCUUUUCAGUAAAUCUUCUUUUCCGCACAUUCAUAAGACAUAUUUUUCAAAUAUCACAGAAAAUGAAUCAAAAUAACAGCUAAAAAAAUAUUUUACAAAAAAAAAGUUUAACAAUUAUGUUAUUAAGCAAAUAGUUCAGCACUAAUUGUAUGGGAAUAUUUUUAAAUUUUUCCUUGAAAAAGAGGCAAUGAAUUACUUAUAGCAUUCGAAUGUCAAAUGCAAAUAAAAUCAUGAAAGAUUUAUUUAGUUUUUAGUAAAAUGCUAUGAUGAUUAUAACCUUUUAGAAAAUUUAGAAUGUUAUGUUAAAAAUAAAAAAGUGUGA